AUGGUUUUCUCAACAGUACUCACAUCCUCACCUCAACUGUACUUCCCAAAAACUACUUCUCCAAUUAUCCAAAGAGCAAUUCGAACCUGUUCUGCUUCUUUUUCAACAACCCCACAACGAAUUUCGAAUUCACAAUUUGAUCUCAGGACUUACUGGACUACUCUGAUUCAAGAAAUCAAUCACAAACUCGAUGAGGCAAUUCCAGUGCAGUACCCACAACAGAUCUAUGAGGCCAUGCGUCACUCUGUUUUAGCAAAAGGAGUCAAGAGGGCCCCACCUGUCAUGUGCGUCGCCGCCUGUGAGCUCUUCGGAGGCCACCGCCUCGCAGCCUUCCCCACCGCCUGUGCUCUAGAAAUGGUUCAUGCUGCUUCAUUGAUUCAUGAUGACUUGCCAUGCAUGGACGAUGAUCCAUCCCGAAGAGGCCAACCUUCCAACCACACAAUAUUUGGGGUUGAUAUGGCAAUUUUAGCCGGGGAUGCCUUGUUCCCUCUUGGUUUCCGCCACAUUGUUUCCCACACCCCAACUGAUCUGGUCCCCGAGACUCGCCUCUUAAAGGUCAUUGCAGAGAUUGCUCGAGCAGUGGGAUCCACCGGUAUGGCUGCUGGUCAGUUUCUUGAUCUCGAGGGUGGACCCAAUGCUGUUGAUUUUGUCCAAGAAAAGAAGUAUGGUGAAAUGGGUGAAUGCUCCGCUGUGUGUGGAGCUCUAUUAGCUGGUGCUUCAGAUGAGGAGAUCCAACGGUUAAGAAGAUAUGGUCGAGCUGUUGGUGUUUUAUAUCAAGUGGUGGAUGAUAUGUUGGAAGCAAAACUGGAUAAAGAUAUCAACGGUGAUAACAAGAAAAACAAGGGUAAAAGUUAUGUCGCAGCAUAUGGUGUAGAGAAAGCGACGGAGUUGGCUGAGGAUCUGAGAGCACAGGCUAAGAAAGAGUUGGACGGCUUAGAGAAGUACGGUGAGAAGGUCGUCCCAUUAUACAGCUUUGUAGAUUAUGCUGCUGAUAGAGGUUUCAGUGUAGGUGACCAAGCGGAGUAA